CAUUGAAUUCCGGCGUUGUGAUAAAGUAGUUGUAUGCUAAUGAAACGGGACGGUAUAUAAAGGAAUAUCGCUGUGCAAAGUAAGUUUCAUAAAUUCUAGCAAUUUGAGGGAAUGCAUCGUCGUAAGUAUUGUAUCCUCGUUAGUACACAAAUUUUAUUGCUAACUGUGCAAUGGGCUUCCACGAAACCGAUGCCUUAUGGAAAACGCGCCAUAGAAAACUUCGAGAACUAUUUCAAUGAAAUAAAUGUAGAUGAUGAAGAAGCAGAAGACAGAACUCGCAACGCGGUAAAUUCUCCAUUACAACGAUGGCCAAGCAACUUACUGCUCUACAAAAUCUCACCUGAUUACAGCAAGGUGGAAGAGGAAAAUGUUCACGUGGCACUGAAGGUAUUCAAUGAGAGCACUUGUUUAAAAUUCAAGGAAUAUGACGAACGUCGAGAUGGGAACUUGAGGUAUAUUAACUACAAGAAAUCUUCGAAUAUGUGUGGUACAAGAGUUGGGUUUAAUGCACUAACACCGACUGGGCCACACGAUGUGGUAUUAAAUCCGUAUUGCUUAAGCGAACGCGGCGUAAUACAGCAUGAGACGAUGCAUGUGCUCGGUCUCUAUCAUGAACAGAGUCGCCCCGACCGCAAUAAGUACGUGCAAAUCGAAUAUACGAACAUUCCACAAAAGUACUGGCCGCAAUUCAUUGCAUAUCCCGAAAUUUAUACCACCACAUAUAACGUGGAGUAUGACUACGAGAGCCUUAUGCACUACUCACAGUUUGCUUUCGCAAAGGAUCAGACCAAACCAUCCAUGCGUGCAAAGAUUGGAAACACGGUGAUGGAUCGUGACAUGGGCCAAAUUGUCGGACCUUCGAAAGGAGACCUGAUGAAAAUCAAAAUGAUGUACAAAUGUGGACUAACGAAAUAAACAGUAACUGGUGCAAAAAAGAGAAUUUUUCAUGUAUUGACUCGUCAUUUAAUAAGUAAAUAAUAAAAGUUGCACGCCUUUUCUGAUUAUUUGAUUGUUUUGUUUAGAUAUGGAGUUA